AACGUUGAUAUACCAUACAGUUUGUUAGAAUCUGAGCUGGCAGAAUGGAUGAGAAACUCCAGUGUAAUUUCUUUGUGAAGAAGAGAAAAAGGCUUUGCAGACUUAUUCCAGGCAAAGGAAAAAGAUACUGUGGAGAGCACAUGCAUCUAGAAUUCAGCGGAAAUCAGAAUGGAGUUGAUCAGCCCGUUACUACAGCGCGAAUACCAUGUCCCUAUGACCCUCACCAUACUGUUGCAGUGAAACAACUUGCGAAACAUGUCAAAGUAUGCAACUCAAGACCCAAAGAACAACCAAUCUAUUACGAGAAAGGCAUCAAUGCUGGAUCAACUGAAUAUGAUCAGGAUUUACAAACAAUGCGUCUGACUGAUUUUUCUCUUAAUGAGCUUCAGAAAAUCAUAUCGAAAGUGGAAUCAGUGUUUGCAGAUCAUGUUGGUGAUAUAGAGACUGAGAUCCUCCGUCAUGAUUCAUUGAAAGCUGAUCUUGAGAACCCCGACAACGGAGUAUCGGCCAGGAAACACCUUCUUCAGCUAGACUCACUCCUGGGUCAUAUGGAAAGAUUGAAUCUUCUUCAGCCGACGACAUGCUAUGUAGAGUUUGGAGCUGGUCGAGGUAGACUAUCACAACAAAUCCAGCAAGCCAUGAGUGACUUGGACCAAACUAGUUUUCUACUUAUUGACAGGGCUUCUGUCAGACACAAGAGAGACUCACUAUACAAGGGGGAUAGUGGAGGACACCAAUAUGAACGCAUCAAUAUGGAUAUAGAGAACCUAGUCUUGGGGAAAGUACCGACUGUGUGUAGCCAUAAAGAGAGACCUGUGGUGGCCUACACAAAACAUCUCUGCGGUGCAGCUACAGAUCUAGCUUUGAGAUGCCUUAUGGAAACAAGAUCAGAUCACAAACAAAAUAGUUCCCAUGAUUCAUCUGAUACCCAAGCCAUCAUAAAACAAUCCACAGACAAAGACAUUUCACAGCUCUCAGAAAAUAUCACUCAACAGACUCCCUCUUCCAAUGCUCUUAAGUCCAGUAGUGUUGAAAGUUGUGAUAAUAACCUUGUCUUGAGUGAGAAGGAAAUGACUGAUGCCCAAUCUAUCAAUGGACAAAACACUUCUCCAAGUGAUCCUGGACAAAGUGCAGAUGAAAACUCAGGUGGAAAUUGCAAGGUUCUGGAAACAGAAGGAGGAUAUCAAAGCAGAGUGCUUCCUCUUGUGAAGGGGGUCAUCAUGGCACUGUGCUGUCACCAUCGUUGUUCAUGGAGGACUCACAUUGGGAAGCAGUUCUUUCGGGAAGUUGGUAUCACGGAGAGGGACUUUAUGGCUCUGGUCAGGAUGAGCAGCUGGGCCACGUGUGGAAGCAGACUUGCUAAGGAAGAGAAAGAGGAUGAGGUUUGGAGGGAUGGAGGGAAGGCUGGAAGUGAAGAUGGAACGAUAGAAACUCAAGCAGGAUCUGAAACUGUAGAAGACCUGGACAGGAGUAAAAGGAAAGAGAGGAUAGGAGAGGCUUCCGACAUUCCACCAGAGCAAGAGUCGAUAGUGAGUUCUCUGGGCCUGUCUGUUCCAGAACGUGAAGAGAUUGGCUUCAAAUGCAAGCGUAUCUUAGAUAUGGCAAGACUCUCCUAUAUGAAGGCCCUAGGAUUGGAUGCUAAACUGGUAUACUAUGUAGAGAGAAAUAUAUCCCCAGAGAAUGCUGUACUUAUUGCCAUACCAUCACAUCUAUAAUUGUUGUUGUUGUUUUCUCCUUUGUGCCUUUUACAUUUUGUUUUUAAUGCAAUGCAUUUCUUUACUUGAUGAUAAUAGUAAUGAUGUUGGUUCAUGUUGUUAUCGUAAUAUUAAGCUCAGAUGAGCCCUCAUCCACCGAUUGAAAGAAAAAGAAAAAUCAGACAAGUAGAUAGGCAAAAGUUUGAACAAUUUCAGACAAAGUUGUGUAUUUUUAAAAGUUGUAAAAAUUGGGAAUCAUAGUACCCAUGGAGUCUUCAUAUCGGUUGCAUUGGUGUCACUACCACUUGUCAUGAUUUACUAUAAUACCCAGUUGCCAAUUUGAAAUUUACAAAGUCUUUAAUAGGGAUCUCGCUUUCAAAACAGCCAUAACUUUCUUGUUGCUUGUCUGAUUUCUUUCAAACUUUCACCAUUCUUUACUUCUUUUUCUCGUCUCUCACACAACAUUUUUUGACCAAGGUUGGAUUCUCUUUCAAGACAUCAUCAUUGUUUAUUGACUUCACAAUAACUGAAGGUCAUGACAAUCAUUGAUGGUUCAAUGUGCAUUUAUGAAACACAAUUAACAAUCAUAAAUAUGCUAUCUAGAAUGUCAACCUCAUAAACACAAUAUGAAAUGUGAAUGAUCAUGGGUACGUUUAGUCCUCUGAUAUCUAUGUCCGUGCGGGUAAGAACAGUGUUCGCUGUGUGAACCUCAAAAUUAUACCCCUUGUCAGUGAGGCGAUCAUUUGGUUCCUCUGAAUGACGAUCCUCAUCAUUGAAGGUAUGAACAGGGGUGCCCCGAGGUUGACAAAACUUUGAACUGCGACAUACCCGUCCAAAAUGUCCCACUUUCUUGCACUUAUUACAUGUUUGUCCUCUGGCUGGACAAUUUGAGUCUCUCGAUUUGUGUCCUGAUCUACCACAGUUACCACAGAGUUUAUCUCCCGGCGACGUUCUCGGCGGUGGCGGUCCACGCUCACCACGAGAUUGUCCCGGAUAGGCAGUCACUUUUGAAGCAUAUUCACAGGCCGAUUUCCCUUCCAUCUCAUAAGCGUGGCUGGCAGCUGCUUCGCUCGAUCGGGCGAUGUUGAGUAGGGUUUUCAGCGACAAAUCCCGUUCUCUCAACAGCCGUCCUCGAAGGCUUGACGACGCACACUUGUCCACAAACUGAUCUCGGGCAUGUUCGUCACGGUUGUUGAAAUUACAAGAAGAGGCGAGGUGCAAAAAUCAUCCACUGUUUUAUUUUGUCCUUGUUUGGCCUGCCGAAACAGAUGCCGUUCGAAUGCAAUGUUAGCUGUUGGAGCGAAGUAUGCAGUGAGAGCAGCGAGAGCAGCGAGAGCAACAUCUUAUUCAUUCUGCGUGUUGUUUGGGCUGUCGACUGUAUCAAAAAGUUCUUGGACGUCCGGUCCUGCAAUGUGUAGAAGAGAUUUCUUCUGUGCAGCUUGUGUUAUGCCUGCUGCUCCUGUGUAGUAUGAAAAUAUCCUCGUCCAUUUUUAGGCCAAACGGAUGAUGACAUCG